UCACCCUUGAUUGUUCGGAAUGCUCUCUUUUGUGCACUGUGCCUCUUUGGCUUCAUCCGUUCGGAGUUAUUGUGGAAACGGAAUUCAAAUCUUUCGGAGGGAAACCUUUUUUAUUUGAAAAUAUUGGCCGUCAUAAGUGAAUAAAUCUUUAAUUGCAAUAUGCUUUUGCAGUUGCUAGAGGCUUUUCAGCGGCUCGUAAGUCAAUUAAAAAGUCAAUUUGUGUGGGUUCGCUGCUGGUUGCCAUUACCACGGCACUUCUACGGAUUCCGGCGGGAAACUGAGUCACGGACUCGGCUGCGCUUACGGGUGCGGGAACGACUGCGCCGGGAGCCCCACGAACGGGCCAGUCACCAGCGGAACCGGCGGACGUCGCGCCGCCACCUGGUCAUGGACUACAUCUUCGAGUGCUUCUUCGACGACACCUUCGCCCAGAUCUCGCGGAACGGUCUGCAGGACCGCCAGUCGCGGCGGGAUGUCCUCGACCACCUGAGCUCCAUCAUCAGGGGCUGCAGCGAGGGGCAGAACGCGCAGACGGAGGAGGUGGCCGCCAUCGCCGUCACGUCGGCCAUGAGGUUCCACCGACUGGCCAAGGAGCAGAACGGCAAGGUCUGCCUGAUGGGCAAGUAUCACAACAUCCUGUACAUCGCCCUGCGCACCUGCUGGGAUUGGGGAGUGCGGGAUUCGGAGGUGGUUGUUCAGCUGCUGGUGGCCAUUUAUGAGUGUGAGAAAACAUAUGAGCGGAUUUUCCUGGGCGCCCUCUUUGGCCCUCAUGCCCCGCACUUCAUCGCCGGCUGGCGCAGUGACUUCCAGGACCAGCACGAAAAUGUCCGCGCGAUGGUUUACUUUCUGAAGCACGCCACACGCGAACGGCUCACGUUGCCCGUCUGGAUUCCGCGCUUCGAGCAGGAGCAGCAGCUCAGAUUCAUCGAUGUGCCCAUCGAGUCCUGUGGGAAGUCGUCGCCCCUUCGCAUCGCCCUGCAGGCAAACGCCCCCGAAAUGCUGCUCAUACUGCUGAGAUACGGAGCAGCGCCGCAACCGCCGGACGGAGGCGCCUCUGUAAUUAUCGCGCUGCUCGACAAACUCAUCGAGGACGGCCGCAAUUACAGCUUCGAGCUGGUCAUGUGCCUGAAGAUUCUGCUGCGCAAUGUGGUCAUGAUUGAGAUGCCCUUCAAGCCCCUUUUGUACGCCGCGCGGAGGGAGAUGUUCUUCGAUCGCUACGGCCGCCUGCUGAUGGACAGGAUAAUUGGCAAGGAGCAGGUCUACGGAGUGCCCAGCCUGCGUCACUUAUGCCGCUGCUGCAUUCGCGACGUCCUGCGGGAGCACAACCAACUGCCCAAUGGCAUCGACACUUUGAGGCUGCCGAAGCGCCUGCAGCGCUACGUGGAUCUCACCGAGGAGCUAGAAGGACCCGAGGCGCAGCCGGAGGAGAGGGACCAAGGAAAGCCCGUGCCCAGGAGCAAGGAGAGAGGCCAGGUGCUGCGGCUGGAGACCAUCAGCAGUGCGACUGAGAGCGAGGACGAGAGCGAGAACCAUGUGCAGCUUCUGCAGGCCGUCACGGAACCGGAAAAAGCCGCUUUGGCCGCCUUUGUGGCCACCGGCGACGGGGCUUAUACGGAGGAGGCCAAGCAGGCGGCGGUGGCCGCCUACGUGGCAGCCAGUCCACCGGACUUUGAUCCCGAUUUUCCGCCAAUUUCCCUGCCCGGGGGAGCCCAGGUAGCCGAGCUACCUCAGUGGAUCAGCACUCACCGGUAGGUUUCCUCGCUGACGUUGAUGCGGCCCGGAACGCCGGUUGUCUCCGUCCGGCUGGUUAGGUUGACCGUGUUUCCGAAAAGACAGUAGCGCGGCACCCGGUUGCCAAUCACUCCGGUCACCACUUCGCCGGAAUGGAUGCCAAUGGUGAUUUGCUGAAACGGGACCAAACAUAGAACUUUAAGGCUUAGAAGUGUAGGAGAACUUAUCUAGAAAUAAACGGGGCCUCGGCCUAAUUUAUAAUCUU